AACGGACUGAGGUGGCACCAUGGGGCAUCUUGUGGAUUCGAACACGUAGAUUGGCCAUCUCACUCCCACAUAGUUUUGUAUGUACUUCUGAAUUGCCCAAUAACAAACCUAUUGUUCCUGAAAACGUCAUCCAAGUGCCACAGAACACCGGCAAUGACUCGAUGUUAGCCAAAUGCCUUCCGAAAGACCUGAUAACCGAGGGGAGACCGGAAGUUGAGCAGUUGGUGGAACUGGCUCGUGCAUGUCUCGCGGUCAGCUACCCCGCAUGUCAAACAGCGCUAGAAGGGGGGUUUACCGAGGAGCUUGGGGCAAAUGCGGGGGAGACUGCGGGGAAGCCUUGCAAGCGAGCAAGUGUUGGUGGGAAUGGAAGCGCCAAGUCCUCAAUCAUGGGGAAAGUGGGCCAGAAACGGGAUUGUGAACGGUUCGGGGACCCUUGUCAACUGUGUCCAAGACGGGGAUUGAGGAUGGCUGGGUCGUCGCCUUGUCUCAGCAUUCGCAUGUUAUCAAAGCAUUGCGUGCUGUCAAAAACCCCUUCUCCUUUUCUUUUAUCUCACCGACUGUGCUGCGCUGAAAACUGGUUUCGUUGACGCUGAGUGGUUGAGACAGCACCACUGAUCAAGCGCUGUUGUAUCAAAGAACGACAUUCCCAGCCAACAGGUUCGGCCGUGCCAGUUUAACAACUCAACACACUACAACCGUGACAAAACUGUGUCAAGAUGGUCUUUUACCCCCCUCCUUGGGUCCCGAAGCUCCCAUUCGACCCCCCUGAUUCGAUUACCAUUGGAGAGUUUAUGAAGAAUGAGAUCUACGGUCGUCGCCCAAUUGCAAAGAGCCGGAAUCCCUUCACCUGCGGCUUGACAGGCAAGACAUAUGGUGUAACCGAGCAGCACAACCGCACCGAGCUUCUCGCGAGGGCAUUGUCUAAGGUUAUGGGCUGGGAGCCAAAUGUUGAUUCGCCGUGGGACAAGGUCAUUGCUGUUUUCUCUGUCAAUACUAUUGACUACCUGUCUGUGCUUCAUUCAGUCCACCGACUGUCCGGUAUCGCUACACCUGCCAACGUCGCCUACUCAGCCGGAGAGCUUGAGCACCAGCUUCGUUCUUCAGGAGCCAAGGCACUGUUCACCUGUGUGCCAGUUUUGGAGACCGCCUUGACGGCUGCAAAGGCGGUAGGGAUUCCAGAUGACAAGAUCUUUAUCAUGGAUGCGCCAGUGCAUUCAAAGAAACUCCCCUACAAGACUGUGGAUGACUUGAUUCAACUGGGUCAGUCCGUACCUGAGCUCGAGCCCCUGAAAUGGGUUAAGGGUCAGGGUGAGAGACAAGUGGCAUUUUUGUGCUACUCCAGCGGCACUUCUGGUCUGCCAAAAGCUGUCAUGAUCUCGCACAAGAACGUUAUUGCGAACACCAUGCAAUUUUGCAUCUACGACUCAGUCUCAAGAGAAAAGCUUGGGGUGGAAACACAAACGGCUUUGGGAUUGCUGCCAUUCAGCCACAUUUAUGGGCUGGUGGUCAUCGCUCAUUCUUCAGUUUGGAGAGGCGAUGGCGUCAUUGUCCUCCCCAAGUUUGAUCUAACAGAGUAUCUCCAGGCCAUUGAAAGGUUCAAGAUCAACUAUCUUCCUUUGGUUCCUCCAAUCGUCAUCCGUAUGUUGAGUAGCAGAGACAUCCUCAAGAAAUAUGACCUGAGCAGUGUCAGACUUCUCUUUACCGGAGCAGCGCCUCUUGGAAAGGAGACAGCUGAGGAGCUCCUGAAGAUCUACCCAACGUGGCAUGUGGGUCAGGGAUACGGCAUGACUGAAUCGGCUACCGUCGUAUGCACCACCAGCGAACACGAUAUCCACCAAGGCACAUCUGGGUCUCUGGUGCCAGGCACACGGGCCAAGAUCAUUGAUCAAGACGGCAAGGAGAUCACCGAGUACAACAAGCCAGGGGAGCUUCUGGUUCAGUCACCCUCCAUCACUCUCGGAUACCUGAACAACGAGAAGGCUACCGCCGAAGCUUAUGUCUGGGAUGAGGAUGGAAGAUGGCUGAGGACCGGCGAUGAGGUCAUUGUCACCAAGGCGCCCAGUGGGUAUGAGCACAUUACCAUUGUGGACCGGCUCAAGGAGUUGAUCAAGGUCAAGGCCCACCAAGUCGCCCCAGCCGAACUCGAAGCCCACCUCCUCACUCACCCAGCCGUCGAUGACUGCGCGGUCAUUGCGGUUCCUGACGAGCGCGACGGCGAAGUACCCAAGGCUUUUGUGGUAACACCGGCGUCCAUGGCCGGGCGGAAGGACGAGGACAUGGCGGCUGAGAUUCUCAAGCAUGUCCAGGAUCACAAGGCGCACUACAAGUGGCUCAAGGGCGGUAUUGAGUUCAUCGAUGCUAUUCCCAAGAGCCCGAGCGGCAAGAUCCUGCGUCGCUUGCUUCGGGAUAGGGAGAGGGAGGCGAGGAGAGCGGCGGGCGCGAAGCUUUGAGUGGCGGCUGUUUUUGGAUAUUGAGUAUUGUUUUGGAAAGCCAUGGUAGUGUUUGCGUGUUGGAUAGUAAUGGAAGCUAGUAUUUCGGAGAAUCUUCAACCUGUUAGCCAAAUUCUGGAAUGCCUGUCGUUCAGAGUGGUUGAGGACUUGAUCUCUACCUACAAAUCAUGUCACCAUCAUUCAAC